ACCGACAAAAUGGCAGCCAGCAACGAGCAAAAUUGUAGAUCACUACAAGAAAACUUACGGGAUUUUGACCCUAAAUUGGUUGCUCUUUCAACUYUGGCACGGAAGGGUGAUGAUAAGUUGGUUGACAGAUUUUUGACAGAAAAUGUCCAGAUAGAGGGAACAGCUAACCAAAGGGUUCAAAGUCAGCUUUACAUAGCUUCGUUUUGGGGUUUCUAUGAUGUUGUUAACAACCUUCUGAAUAAUGGUGCUGAAGUUAAUGURCAAAAUAAAGAAACUGGAUGGACACCACUUCAUGCUGCAACUUUUCAGGAACAUGGMAAGCUUGUGAUGCUUCUCUUAGAGAGACAAGCUGAUCCUGAAMUCCCUGACUCAGGAGGAAGAACACCAAAAGACUUUGCUUCAGCUUCWGARAAGAUAUGGCCUCAUUUUGCAGCUUUGAAAUACAAAAGAACUGCCAAGCAGGAACUCAUAGAAAAGGGUAUUAUUAGAAAGUUAACRACUGAUGAAAUGAAUUCAACAAACAAUGGUGGCUUUAGGCCUGGUAGCAGUUCUACUAAACUGGCAUCAUUUUCACGUCCAGGAUCAGCAUAUGUGCUACAAAGAGAUCUCUUCAACAAAGGGCCUUCCAAUGAUCCUCAAGGCUGUGCUGUAGUUGGCAGUGAUGUACUUGGUGAUUCAGACACUASUAACUCAAGACAACAAGGAUUCAAUCAGCCUACAUUUUCUGUAUGGAGAAAUUAAAUCAUUUUUGCAAGAAUGCAAUUCAAUGUUAAGUAUAUAAGAUUGAUGUACAUGUACAUGUAAAAGGAAAAUAUUGUAGUUCUAACUACAGUGGUAUUGUCCCUCUUUCAAUCUUUAACUUUGACAUUUUAACUACAUUUUUGCAAUCUUUACUGACCAAAUAGAAACUAAAAUGCRUAAACCAGCACAUUCUUUAUUAAAUUAAAGUGCAUUUUUUACUAAAUUUGAGAAACAUUGUGCAUUGGACAUGUUCACUGUUUUUUUAUAAAUUAUUAUUUUCAAAGGYAUUUUGUAAAUUUUCUAUUUAAAAAUAUCAAUUGAAAUAUAUUUUGCACAGAGUGAUAGUGUUUGUAAAUAAAAGAGUCGUUUUUAAAUAAAUUAUUGCMUUGUGAUUUAAAUAGUGGUAAUCAAUUAAUUAAUAAUAAUAUUUACAUUGCAUGAAUCUAAAUAUCAUGAUAUUUUGCAAAAAAUAUGUACAAAGCUUUUCUGGACUGGGUUAAUGAUUUGGCCAAAACAGUGAAAGGCUUUCUCGAAACGAGCUAGCUUAGCUAAAGCAUUUUUAAGACUGCUUGAUGGACAGUAACUAUUAAAAAACGUAUUUGAGGUAAACUGUUA